CGAAUCGCGACAUCGCCUUUUCGACCCUUCACGGAUUUUUGUGGUGCAUGUCGGACAACUCGAGCCAGCCCAGCGACCGACGCCGCUAGAAAGCGCGACUCGUCACAGGCUCCAUACCCACCCUUUCAAUCUUACAACGCUCCUCGUCACCACCGGCAGCCGCCUCGCCAGCACAAUCAUUCUCCAUCGCACCGUCGCUCCCCCUCGAGUCUAGAGUGACACACCUACGGCAGCAGCCUCACCGGCUGUCUCGUCGCGCUGUCUCUGUCGCACGCCGGCCUGCCCUUGCUCAUUGCCGAGGCUCUCACCACGCGAUAUUUCCACCGCGAGGAGGAAACGUCCAUCACCAGCGGGCCCGUUCGAACGCCAGCCAUCCUUGACCCGACGGUCGACGGGGACUGCUUCUGCGAGACAACAUGUCAUCACUUCAUCCUCAGACGCCGCAGAGCCCGUCACAACUUUCUCCCAGCACUGUGGACCCUGCCUCGAGUGUCCAGAGCACCAUGUCAUCCUUCACGACCGCGCUGCCCACCCCCGCCCACAGCGUAAAUGGCAGCGGCCUUCCCUCCGAAUCUAACCACGACGUCAUCAUGGGUGAAGAUUCUCCCCAGAAGCGCAAGCGGGAGCAGGGUGACACGGGCGAGCAGGAUCGCGAGAAGAGGGUGCACAUCGAUGACGGCAUGCCCAGCAUGCAGGCGAUCCACGAGGAUGUCGGCGAGAAGUAUCUGCUUCUCCAGAGGACUUGGACGCCGAGGCAGCCAAUCCUCUCGGAGGAUCUCUUCGAAGUGUAUGGCCUGACCGGCAUUGCGGGAGAGGUCGCUCGGGUCCUGCCCGAUGGAACAAAGAAUGCUAUGCGCAAGACCUACAAGGGCCAGAUUAAGAAGCUCGGGCUAACAGGACACUUUGACGCCGUGAAGAAGGAGCCCAACGACCGUGAUGGGUUCCUGAGCUUGAUUGACUGCCCUCCCGAGGAGUGGCAUGUGCUGUUCGAGAAGGCGCAGGAGAUUGAAAAUGGCCUAAAGCCCGAAGUGCAACGGGCUCUACCCAAGGCCACCACCAUGAUCCGAGGUCCUAUAGCCAAGGACAAGUGGGACUCAUCGGUCCUGGCUGACUUCGCAGGGGACCGCGGCGCUAGGGGCACCCCAAAGGUGACUGCGCCUGGCACUCCCUUGCACCCUGCCAGCGGUGGCACUGCUCCUCGGCUCAAGGGCCAGACACCCGGGGUCCAGGACGCUGCUCGGCCGCGCAGGGCCGGCAAGAAGAGAAGCUAUGGUGACAAUAGCUUUGAGGGCUACGGCGAUGGCUUCCAGGACGAUGAGACGGGCGCUGAUACGGGCUACUCGACCGGUGAAGGGGAGGGCACCAAGCGGAAAAAGAAGACUGCUCCGUCCCGCGUUGGUACACCCCGCCAGAUGUUUGGCCACGCCGGCCCUGGCAUGUUGGGUGCCUGA